UGAAUAUCCGUAUAAAGGACUGAUCGAGAGGGAACUACGAAUUUAAACUUUAUUCGCUAUACUCGAGCGAAGAGUCGGAUGAGUUAAGCCUAGAUCGUGGAAACCGGUUGCUCUGUGCCGAACCUCGGACUUCACGACAGUCAGUCGUCGGUCACGGCACACGCGGUCGUUCGUUACGUUGUUCUCCUCGAACGAGCACACUUGUACGUCAUGCUACCACAUCUCGUACCAGUUUUUUAAAAAUAUUUCGUAUCCCCCGCAUCACAUUUGCGGAUAGGGACGUGUGCAUAGAUACCUCGGACACCGCGUAACAGUAUUUCUUCCUCGCGAUUUUUAUUUCAAAGUUAGUAUUACCUCGUGCCAAAGGAAUUCGUUUAAUUGCCUGAGCGGUAGCUUCGAAAUCUUUAUCUAGUAUGUGACACAACAUUGGAUGUGCGCGUGCACGUGAAGAACCAGCGAUCGUUUUGCCAGUUCAUCGAUUUACCCAAACGAUCUUAAAUUGAAAGUAAACGUUCUUCAUUUUAAUUAAAUUAAAUUUGCGAAAGAAAUAAACGACCUUAUCCCGACUCUCUACGUUCGACGAAUGUAAAGUUCUUUGUUGUGCUGGAAUUCAAUCGCAUUCUGCUCUUCGGAAAAUAUCUAUUGAAUAACAAGCAGGAGGGAGAAGGCGAGAGUCAAUACGGAAGAAAUAAAAGGAGUGGAAUCGUAACGUCAAGUUCUGUGUAAUUGAAACAAGUUAUCUGAUUUAAACCGAACUGUUCUUUGAUUAAAAAUAACGCGUUCGUUUCGGAAAUACGAUAAACUUCUCUUUCAAAAACGUGAAAGAUAUUCGUGAUGCUCUUACCUGGGGAAUAUUCAGAAUGAAACAAAAUUUGGACGUGCAACGCGACUACAAGUGAUCUGCUCAUCGCGACUAAAUAUAAAGAAAACUAUUUAUAAAAUCGAGCAGUUGGUAGGCGCUUAUCAGCAAUCGAACAUAUCGUUCACUAAUCAACUACCCAAGUCGCUUCCAAGAGCCGAGAAUGCUGGAAACACAGGAGAGAGGAUACUUUCAUUGGGCAGAUUGGCUGGUGUUCGCUCUGAUGCUCGUCGUAUCUGCCGCCGCAGGAUUAUGGCAUUACAGAAGAGCGCAGAAGUCGAGCACGGAAGAUUAUCUCUUAGGAGGAAGGAGCAUGGCCCUCUUCCCCGUGUCCGCUUCCCUCGUCGCCAGCUUUAUAUCCGGCGUAACGAUCCUCGGGACACCGUCGGAGAUAUACAAUUUUGGAACCCAAUAUUGGAUCACUAUUAUCUCAAUAUUUUUCUCCGGUCUCGUGGUAGCUCUCGUUUAUGCUCCAGUAUUCGUCAAUUUGGGAUUAAAUUCCGUUUACGAGUAUUUGGAGAUAAGAUUCAAUCGCGGUGUAAGGACUCUCAUAUCGUUGAUCUUCGUCAUUGACGUGGUUCUUUACCAAUCGAUCGUGAUCUACGUUCCAGCAUUGGCGUUGAACCAAGUGAGCGGAAUUAAUGUGCAUUUGAUUGGGGUCAUUGUGUGCCUCGUGUGCGUGUUCUAUACCGUUCUGGGUGGUAUCAGGGCAGUAGUUUGGACUGAUGCACUUCAAGUUGGAGUUAUGAUUGCCGGCGUUCUGACUGUUACUGCAUUGGGUACUUAUCAAAUUGGAGCUGCUGAGAUAUGGAAGAGAGCCCAAGAAACCGGCAGAAUUCAAUUUUUAAACUUUGAUACGUCUCCUUAUGCAAGGCACACAGUGUGGACCGUUUUGAUUGGUUCGUGGCUGUAUUCUACUGCUUAUAUAGCCGUGAAUCAAACUAUGGUUCAACGUUACAGAUCGCUCAAAGAUCUCAAAACGUCCAAACUAUCGUUAGCAAUAUUCACUAUUAGUAUUAUGUUAUUCAUUUCACUAUGUUGCUGGUGCGGCUUGGUACUCUUAGCUUGGUGGGCUCCGCCUAAAUGCGACCCUAGAGCUACUGGCUUAAUCACCGCUGAUGAUCAAUUAUUGCCCGCUUAUGUAAUGCAAGUCGCCAAAGAUUUGCAUGGCGUGCCGGGCCUAUUUAUUGCUGCAAUUUUUGGAGCGGCUCUCAGUACCCUCUCCGUGGGUUUUAAUUCGACAUCGGUGGUAGUUUUGGAAGAUUUUAUCAAGGGCUGCUUUGGUAUGAAACUGAGCGACAGGUGCUCCACGAUCUUCGUGAAAUGUUUGGUUGUCGUCCUCGGCUCGAUAGCCAUGGGCUUAUUGUUCUUGGUUGAGAAAUUGGGAGGAGUUUUAGUAAUAACUGGAAGUCUAGCAGCCAUUGCCGCAGGCACUUCCUUCGGAGUAUUCACAUUAGGCAUACUUUUCCCAUGGGCAAAUUCCAAGGGCGCGUUUAUGGGUGCAAUCGUGGGAUUCCUGAUCGCUGGCUGGGCGAGUUUAGGUGCAAACUGGUCUCUCGGUGCCGGGUUGCUAGUUCCUAAGAAACUUUCGGUGCCCCUCUCUCAUUGUCCGGGCAAUAUCUCCGAAAGUUUCCGUAAGCAGUUUGAUCAUCCAGAUGAAGACGAAGUAUUUCCCCUUUAUCGAUUAUCGUACCACUGGUUCACCGGUCUGGGUACGCUAAUUGUUAUCGUCGUAGGUAGUCUCAUCAGUUUUUGGACAGGUCCUACGAAUCCUGCUACCGUUGACAAGAAAUUAUUUUCGCCGCUCAUUCACUCGUGGUUACCCAAACCUAAACACGAGACUGUCGUCAACGCUGAAAGUGCCCCAGGGACGAGUGAAACAAAGGCAACGACUAAUCUCUUACUCUCCGAUUUGAAAAAGAAGAGGAGAAAUCAAAAUUUUCCCAAUGGCGUCACAACAUAGUGCCACGCAUAUCGAAUUUCUACAGUUCACUGAACGUUUAUCAACAACGGAACUGAACCAUUGCUGCACUACUGAAAGCGCUGAUCUAUUCAGAGCAAAGUUCUAGAGGUUUCAUACCGUGAAAUUUAUUUUCAAUUCAAGGCAGAGAUAGAUAUAGUUCGUGUUUUAUCUACUCAGCAUCAGUUGUAGAUCGACCGAUGAGUCGUAGAUCGACUUGUUCAAGCAGAAAUACACAUUACGAUUUCAUGUAUUAAACUAUAUAGUUUUAUAUGACUUGUAGGAGAUAAUAAACUUUUGUAUUUUAUUUGAUUAA